GCUCAACCGACCGGUUCAGACUCACCGUGAACGUAAUAAGAAGGAUGUUAGUAGCGUACCGCCUUUUUCUCUCCCUCCUGUCUUCUCCUUCCCCUCUCGCUGACCAGACUCCGCGAUAGUUUGAUUGUUUGACCAUCCCCUUCCGUCACAAUGUCUCUCUCCAACAAGCUCGCUAUCACUGACGUCGACCUCAAGGACAAGCGUGUCCUGAUCCGGGUCGACUUCAACGUCCCUCUUGAUGCCAACAAGAACAUCACCAACAACCAGCGUAUCGUCGGUGCUCUGCCCACGAUCAAGUACGCCGCCGAGAAUGGCGCCAAGGCUGUUGUCCUCAUGUCCCACCUCGGCCGUCCCGACGGCAAGAAGAACGACAAGUACAGCUUGAAGCCCGUCGUUGCUGAGCUCGAGAAGCUGCUCGGCAAGAGCGUCAUCUUCACCGAAGACUGCGUUGGCAAGGAGGUCGAGGAGACCGUCAACAAGGCCACCGGCGGUCAGAUCGUUCUCCUCGAGAACCUGCGUUUCCACGCCGAAGAGGAGGGUAGCUCCAAGGAUGCCGAGGGCAAGAAGGUCAAGGCCGACAAGGACCAGGUCGCCGAGUUCCGCAAGGGAUUGACUGCUCUGGGUGACGUCUACAUCAACGACGCUUUCGGAACUGCCCACCGUGCCCACAGCUCCAUGGUUGGCGUUGACCUGCCCCAGAAGGCUUCCGGCUUCCUGGUGAAGAAGGAGCUCGACUACUUCGCCCAGGCCCUGGAGAAGCCCCAGCGCCCCUUCCUGGCCAUCCUCGGAGGUGCCAAGGUCUCUGACAAGAUCCAGCUCAUCGACAACCUGCUGUCCAAGGUCAACAGCCUGAUCAUCACCGGUGGCAUGGCUUUCACCUUCAAGAAGACCCUGGAGGGCGUCAAGAUCGGCAACAGUCUGUUCGACGAGGCCGGCAGCAAGAUCGUCGGCGACAUCGUCGAGAAGGCCAAGAAGAACAACGUUAAGAUCGUUCUACCCGUCGACUACAUCACCGCCGACAAGUUCGCGGCCGACGCCAAGACCGGCAAGGCCACCGACGCCGAGGGCAUUCCCGACGGCUACAUGGGUCUGGACGUCGGCGAGGAGAGUGUCAAGCUGUACGAGCAGACCAUCGCCGAAUCCAAGACCAUCCUGUGGAACGGACCCCCCGGUGUCUUCGAGAUGGAGCCCUUCGCCAACGCCACCAAGAAGACCCUCAACGCCGCCGUCUCGGCCGCUCAGUCCGGCAGCAUCGUCAUCAUCGGCGGUGGUGACACCGCCACCGUUGCCGCCAAGUUCGGCGCCGAGGAGAAGCUCAGCCACGUCUCCACCGGCGGUGGUGCCUCGCUGGAGCUGUUGGAGGGCAAGGAGCUGCCCGGUGUUUCUGCCCUGUCGACUACGGGUCCUAAACUAUGAGACUAAGUAAUCUUCCAUCCGUGUGGCCUUCCACUCAGCACUCAUAGCAGAAGGGGAUGGAAUAAACCAGACUCCUCGCCAGCGGGAAACCCUGCUAAGCUCCAUCACGCACAUCUGUAAAUACUCCUAGAAUGGAAACUGUAGAUAGGGGGGAGGGGCAACAAAUGCAAAAUCUCAC